GGAUGGUUUACCAGGAGCAGCUAAAUACAGUACUGUGGAGAUACCAGCGAACAUUAGGAUGAGAAAGAAAACCAGUGUGUGUGAAGGUGUGUGUGUUGCCACUGGAGUAUUAAAUUAUACUGCGUGGAGAACGAAUGACGCUACAGCUCAAUCUGCUGAGUCCACGUGUCUUCACCCCUAAUCUCGGUGGGACAUGUAAUUGUUGUUUAAUUUGGAAAAAAAACAAAACAAUUGUCAUCUGCAACUGGUGGGGGCUUGUUCCUUUCCUUCUUUAAAUCACGAAGGACCGAAGGCAGUAUCGUAGUUUUCACCUGAGAGUGAAGUCUGAUCCUCGGCACCAAUGGAUGCAGAGGAGUUGAUCGAGUCCAUUAUCAGGGGUCUCAUGUUUCUAGCAGGAAUUGUGGGAAACAACUGGCUGGCUGUCAGCUCCCUGCCCGCCAAGAAAUCCGGCUUCCGCACCAACGAGGUGCUCUUCAUCAACCUGGCCGUCUCCAACCUCAUCACCAACUACUUGGUCGACCUCCCUGACACCAUAGCUGACUUUGCCGGUCGCUGGUUCCUGGGGGAAACUUACUGCGGGAUAUUCCGGUUUUGUGCCGACCUCUCUGAAACCAGCAGCAUCUUCACCACUUUCUUCAUCAGCGUCUUCUGGCAUCAGAAGCUGGUUGGCUCCCUGAAGCGUGGUGGGGCCCCUGUGAGGCUGGACAACCUGCGUCUGGUGUGCUGUCUUCUGGCCGGGAGCUGGAUGGUGGCUGUGGUUUUCAGUGUCCCACAUUUCUUCUUUGUGACGGUCGAAGGUGAGAACGGCAGUAACGAGGACUGCAUAGAUCUUUUUCCGGACCCCUUAGCGAGGCAAACGUACGAGAUCAUCUACCUGACCCUGGCCAACGCCCUUCCUGUGGCGGGGAUUGUAUUUGCCAGCGUCCAAAUUGUCGUCACUCUGCUUCUGAACCAGCGACGUAUCAGAUCUCAUUGUGCUGACCCAACCAAGCAGACGGCAAGCACAAAUGAGGGGCCACCUGCCGCAUCUGGACCAGAUUCUGGACCAGAUAAAUCAGAAGAUGCCAAGGACUCUCCAUCGGUGACCGUCUACAACGGUGUUCCUGCGUCGUCCUCUGCAAAUGAAGAACCACCCGCUCACUGCUCCCCCGUUAAAGUGGAAACAAAGAAAGAUGAACCUGGAGCUGAACCGAAUCCUUCCAGACCCAGAGAGACGGCCAAGGCCAGUACCAGCUCCAGCACUCAGGUGAGGGCGGCCAAGAGCGUGGUGGCUGUAGCCAGUGUUUUCCUCGUGUGCUGGCUGACUCAUCUGCUUCUACGCAUCACCAACAGCAUCCACACCUCCUCCUUGGUGGUGGAGGUGGCCAGCUACAUCGCUGCCUCCUACACCUGCAUCAUCCCCUACAUUUUCCUCUACGGAGUUAAAAAGCUUUCGUGCUCGUGUAAGAGGUAAACGUGUGGAACAGCUUUGGGUUUUUUUGUGCACAAGUACUAAACGCAACGGCAUUCUUUGUUAAGAAUGUGAAACACAGCUUCACUGAACGUAAAUAAAGAAUAAAACAGAAAAAGCUAACGAUAAUACCACAUAUGGUUUCAACACUUUUCAGGUCAGUCAAGCACUUUUUAAAAUAUUUUUAUUUAAAAUCAUGGGCCACAUGCAACAUGGUUAGAAAUAAAUAGAAAAACAAUAAGUCCAUGUUUUCCCCCUUGGUUUUCAUGCACAGAAGUACCUGUUUAUUUAUCUAUAUUUUAAUGUAUUUGCAUUUGAUGUGAAAACGUUUGUUUUUAUUCACCUGUUUAACUGUAAACAUGUAGCCAUUUUUUCACACUUUUAUUACUUUUACUUUCGUUAAGACACGGUGAGAAUCCAGACGUGUGAAGGACUUACUAAAAAUAGCUCCGACUAUGAAGUCGUAAAAGCAGCUCACUGUGAAAUUAGGAGAGAAAGUACUCAUGUCAUAAGGCACAAAUUGCUUUAUUUUUUUUUUCACGAGGCAAAACUUAUAAACAAGCGUUAAGUACAGCACACAAGUAAGUGGAGAAGACGCCCUUCGGCAACGACAACUGGGAACCUGGAACGCUGUUUCCAGAUUAGGGAUAAUUAUGUAAACACAGACAAAAGCCAUUACCGGACUCACUGCCUGAAUCUUUACUUUCAACUGCGAUUAGUCCUAAAAAUAAUCCAACCCAUACUGUCGGCAUGUUGUUUCUGUAGUGUUUGAAAAAAAAUCUUCACAGACAAAAUUAGGGAGAGUUUUUAUUUCUUUAUAAAAUGCUAGGUCUUUUUUUUUUUUUUAAUUUUCCUCAGUGCAGGUCAAAGGGUUUCAGUGUAGCACCGUGAUCUGCACCAGGUUAAAAACUUGUUGGACAAUCAAUACAAAAAUCAUUCAGACAAAACAGCACAGUUUGGCAGAAGAGACGAGGCCUUGGCCACAUUAUAUACAUAAUUAUUCUUUAGACAUUCAAAAGAAAAGUGCGUGGAAGAGAAGCAGACGAUGAAGAGGAACAAAAUGAGUGGCUCUGUGUUUGUACACAAAGAUCGUGAAAUAACGUCAGUGUUUUGGGGAAAAAAAAAAAAA